AUGACAGGAGCUGCUAAGAGAUCAGGAGUUAGAACUCCUAGAUCAGCUAGAGAAAUAAUAAAUCAAGUAAAUAAGCAAAACAAACGAAAUCCAAAUAAUAUUAUUAUCCAGACAGACGCUUUGCAUUUAAAUAUCGAUAAAAGUAAACAUUAUAAUAAAAAGUCGAAAGUAUUACUUUCUCCUCUACAACUUUCACCUCCUGCACAAUUUUCUUCCCCAUUUCGAAAUGAUGUUAAUGAAAAGAACGAUUUUAAUGAAGUAAUAAUUACAAAUGAGCAAGUAGUUGAGCCACCAAAAGAAAUUCCAGAAAAGACACAAAAAUCAAACGAAUCCAAAAAAUCUUCAAUUGAUUUUCAUUUUACUCAAGAAAUCAUUCAAGAAUUCGAUAAAUAUCAGCUCAAUUUCCUAUCACAACUUUCUAAUAUGCAAAGCAAUUUAAAUCUGGAAUUUCUUAAAAUUUCAAGGCGUUUGGAUAAAAUAGAAGGCUCUUUAACUAAAUAA